AUGAAUGCAUACCAGCUUUUUUGGGGGAAGUAUCAUAAUGAUUCAAAUAAAGCACAAGCGAUAUCAUCCCGUAAACCACUUAAUAUGAUUUCUUUUGAGUUGUUUAAUAUGAUAUUUACUUAUUUACAAAUGGAUCAAUUGUGGCUAUUUAGUUUAUCGGAUAAUAAUUCGAUCAAAUUUUCCGCAUUAUCAUCACUAUUUAAAGAUAUAAUAUUGACUGGUCUGUAUGAUAUUAAUAAACAGUCAUUUUUGAAGAUCCAUUUCAAAUAUUUACAUCUAUUUAACUCUGAAAUAUUAAAGUUUUGCAGAAUUUUGAGGUUUUUCUUUACAUGUUUAGAGAAUAUAGAUGAGUUUGAUACUCUAAAUCAACUAUCAGACAAUUCAAUCAAAAUAGAACAUUUUCAGCUUUUUGUUAAUGCUGAUAAAUUAACUAAUCUAAAAAAAUUAACAUUGUCAAACAUAACCAUCCAAAAAAUAGAAAAUUUUGAUGCAUUGAUCAAUCUAACAUAUUUAAAUUUAUCACAUAAUUCAAAUAUUAAAAAAAUAGAAAACUUAGAUAAGUUAAAAAAUCUAAAAAAACUAAUACUAAAAGCAAACAUCAAGAAAAUAGAAAAUUUGGACACAUUGAUCAAUCUAAAAUAUUUAAAUUUAUCAUAUAAUAAUGUACUUUGGAACAUUGAAAACUUGGAUAUGCUAAUAAAUUUAAAAACAGUAAUACUAUCAAAUACCAACAUCCUGAAAAUUAAGAACCUAGACAUGUUGAUCAACUUAGUAUGUUUGGAUUUAUCUCAUAAUCUAAAUAUCGAGAAAAUUGAAAAUUUAGACAGGUUAAAAAAUCUAAAAAAAUUAAUACUAUCAAACGAUAACAUUACAAAAAUAGAGAAUCUAGAUAAAUUAACUGAAUCUUUAAAUUUAUCAGUUUGUGGAAUCACAAAAAUUGAAAAAUUGAAUAGAUUAGUUUUCUUUACAUAUCUUAAUUUAUCUCUGAAUAAUAUUAGAAGAAUUGAUGGAUUAUCAAAAUUAAUUGCGUUGAAAAAAUUAAAUCUUAGUUGGAAUUCGAUCAAUGAAAUUAAAAAUUUAUCAAAAUUGGUUCAUUUAACGACAUUAAACUUGCUGAAUAAUAGAAUUUCCGAAGUCAAUAAUAUAUCAAAACUAAAAAAUUUAAAAGUUCUUAAGUUGAAAGAUAAUUAUAUUGGUGAAAAAGAAAUGAUCAAACUCGAAGCACUACAACAGUUAAUUGGUGUUAAUCCUUAUUGUGAAAAAAAAUCACAAAAAAAAAGAUUCAAAAUUGUCAGAGAUAAACGAGGCUGUUUCUCUUUAAUACUGGAGGAUACUUAG